AUGGGGCCUCUGGGAUCGUCGCUGGCGUCUCAGUUUUGGAAUGAGGAGGUGGAAUCCACGCGCUCGCUGGAGGCGUGCGUCCGCUCGCUCCCGCGCGAGCCGCCGCCGCUGGCCAUGGUGCGCGGCAGCAAAAUCUCGCGCUCGCAGCAGCUGCUGCUGCUCCAGAGGCUCCUCCGCUUGCCCUUUGCACCGUCGCUUGCUCCGGAUUGUGAUUGCCCUAGCGGGAUUGUGCUGGAUCGCGUGGUUGCCAGCACUGGUGGAACGAAUUGGUGGGCGACUCUAACGGGGCGACUGCGAGUCCAGAGACUGUUUGCGAAGCGUUCCGGAGCUAAGUUGGAGCUGAAUGGUUUCUCCGAAGCAGCAGCAGAGAAGCAGCAGCAGCGUGAUGGCAAGUGGACGUAUGCCAAGCGUCUUCUUGACAAAUCGCUCUACGCAUUGUGCAUGCGAACAAAGCUUCUGCUUGGUCCCUCCACGUCGUUAAGCAUCAAGGCCGAGAUGGACUCGCUAGAGGACUGGGGAUCGAGCGAGGUUCCUAUGAGAGUUCACUCCAAGCUCCUUCACAAGCUCAAGAAGCACGAUUUAUCACUGGAGGCUGCAUGGCACGAACGUUUCAUGGACAGAGAAGCUCGUUACUGGGACGUUCCACAGGCUGUCUCACUCGACAUAGCGUCUGUGGGAUUGAGCUCGGGCUUAUACUACAGGCUUGGUGUCCACCAUAGCUCGGGACAAUCGCAGAAUUGCUGCGGAGGGGCCGGAAAGGAGAUUCCAUGGGGGGCAAUGCCUGGAACUUGUGCUCAAGCAGCUGUAUCUUAUGGGAAGGAGAUUGAUAUCUGGAAGGAAGACGAUGCUCACUUUGGUCGGAAGCUUCACAAGCCUUACAAUCUUCUAGCUGCUCGUCCACAUAUCACACUUUCAGGAGUUGUCGGUGGUGUGGUGAAUGCAAGCCUUGGACAGAGAAAGCAGCCUCUCAACGCUGCGAAUCCUUCGCUGGUGAAAUCAAAUGGCGAUCGCUCCGUCUCGGCCGAUGCAUUUGGCUCGCUGGGAGUGACGGCACAGUUCGGCCUCUUUCAGAGGUUUCUGCUCGAUCACACCAAGUUUGCUGCUAGAGUUGAUAUUGGAGGAGCUUCUUCCACGGUUUGCGCAAGGACUUUGAGCGCAAAGUCAUCAUCGCCUUCUCUUGCCGAUGGACAGAAUGGAAUUACGUUCGCUCUUACUAUGCAGCAGCAGGUGCUCGGACCCCUUCGUGCUCGUGCGGAUUCCAGAUUCUCCCCGGAUCUCUCGACGUGGAACGCUCGCCCAGCUCUCCAAGAGGUAACAUAUGGCUUAGAUUGCUCCUUGGAGUCUCUAGGUGCUGCGAAGCUUGUAGUUUGGUACUGUCCGACACGCUCGGAAGGUAUGGCAGAAAUUCGUUUACUUGAGAUAUGAAAGUUGGAUUGGCGUGGUGGCGAUGAUUCCCGACGCCAAGACGACGAAUUUUCAGAGCGCUCUAACCGAGAAGAAGGUUUGUUUGUAAUCGAUAAGUAAAGCUCUUUCCUUGUCUCGGGAAAAUUUUCGAAGAAAACCAGGAAAAAAA